UGUAAAAAACAAACAAAAUACGUUCGAGCCAUGGGAAAGUUUUGCUGUGUUGUAGGCUGUGGAAAACGCUCUGAAAGGGACAAAAAUAUCAGAUUUUUUAAUUUACCAAAGGUGAUUACACAUCAGGGUGAAAAAACCAGACAGAUUUCUCUUCAACGGCGUGGAAAAUGGCUUUCAAACAUUCGGCGGGACGCUGUGUUUAAUGGUCAAAUAAAAAAAUGUAACUGUUUGCUCGCUUCAUUUCCAUCAAGGGAAACCAGCUACAGUAUAUGAGACGACUCAUCCUGACUGGGCUCCAACAAUCGCCAUGGGUCACUUAUCUGGUUCAGUAAGUCAGCCAUCAAAAACCUCCUCGCUUACAAGGCACCAUCGAACUAGUCAAAGAGCCCUAAUAAGGCGUCUUCAAUUUGAGCAAACUGGAGAGAACAAAGAAAAGCAAGCUAUAAGCACUCAACAAGUGGAAGCAACCUCGGAAAAAAUGGUGGAUAAUGGUCCUCACUUUCGUCAUCUAACUGAUCCAAGAUAUCAUCUAGAAUGUAAUUCUGGCAUAAAUAAUGAUAUGGGAGAAGGUUUAGAAGCUGAUAACCUAGAUACAGAAUCACAAGAAACACAGACCGAGUAUAUGAGCACACGAAGUAUCGAAGUGCAAACCGAUUUGCUAUCAAUCGAUAUCGAUUUGCUUCAAGAAAAAACCACACGAAACUCUACUAAUGAUCCUUUGGCGCCCGAAAAUCUAACUGAUGAUGAAAAGCUUAGAUUCUACACUGGUCUACCAAAUAUGGCUGUGUUUAUGGGAAUUCUUGAGCUAAUAAGUCCAGGUCUUGUAAUGCGAAAUUCCUUGACAAGAUUUCAACAAAUGUUAUUGACUCUAAUGCGAUUACGGUUAAACUUACCUGUUCAAGAUCUUGGCUACAGAUUUGGCAUUCAUGCAUCCACUGUAUCAAGAGUGUUUCAAAGCUGCAUAGAUGUUAUGUUUUCAAGCAUGAAAUUUCUGAUUCAUUGGCCAGAUAGAGAACAAUUAAGACUGACACUUCCAAUGUGUUUUAGAGAAAGGUGUUCUUCUUGUGCUGUCAUAAUCGAUUGCUUCGAAGUAUUUAUCGACCGCCCUUCCGAUUUUUUAGCUAGAGCCCAUACUUGGUCGUCUUAUAAACAUCAUAACACUGCAAAGUUUCUGAUAGGGAUUACACCACAAGGUACAGUAUCGUUUAUAUCAAAAGCAUGGGGUGGUAGCGUCAGACAAAUUUAUUACUGA